CCUCCUUAGUCUCUUCCCUGUCGCUCUCUCUCUCACCUCCGAUUCUUCUUUUGCUCUCGUCUCGAUCUUUUUGGAGUUUUCGUUCCUUCUCUUAUCAAAAUCCCAUCCUUAAACCAAUUCGAGCUCGUUGCAAUGGCGGGUUUAGGCUAUUGAGCUCCCCUCUACAUUCCCUCCGUGAUCAUGCUCAAUAGUCGCCUCGUCGCCCUAUCCUUGCGCCACGGAUUGAGUGCUUCCUCUUGGGUACCUCGGCCCACUCGGUCUUAUCCUUUACGGAGUUUUGUGUCUCGCGGUUAUUCUAAUGGAACACGCCGAAGGGAUCACAACUUGGCAAGACAGUUAUCUGAUGAUAAUGAGCUGUCAAAUUCUCAAUCAUGGAUAUAUUAUGUUAUUCCUACAGCUUUAUUAGUUCUUGCUGGAGCAGCCACAUUUAUUCACUACAAUGAUGAGAAGCGAGUAAUAUCACAAGAAUCAAAGCAAGAUACUAUUACUGCAAGACAAAAUAUAAACAGGCCUGCUAUCGGGGGGCCAUUUAAGCUGUAUGAUAUAGAGGGUAAUUUGGUAACAGAAUCAGACCUUCGUGGAAACUGGACAUUGAUGUACUUUGGCUAUACUUCUUGCCCUGAUGUGGGACCAGAAGAAGUUCAAAAGAUGGCCGAUGGUAUCAACAUACUAGAGUCCAAAUACAAUAUAAAGAUCACACCAAUUUUUAUCACGAUCGAUCCUCAACGUGACGCACCUGCUCAACUAAAGGCAUACCUUCAAGAAUUUGACUCGAGAAUAAAAGGAUUAACGGGCCCUAUUGAUGCCGUAAGACAAAUUGCACAGGAAUAUCGUGUUUUCUUCAAGAAAGUUGACGAAAUAGGCCAAGAUUACCUUGUGGAAUGCUCGCACAACAUGUAUCUUUUAGACCCAAACCUGGACACUGUUAGAUGCUUUGGUGUCGAAUACGAUGCUUCGCAGUUGUCUGAUGCGAUAAUGGCGGAAGUGAGAAAAGCAUCAAAGUGACAUCCCCUUUGAUAAUUUUUUUUCACCUCUAUUUUAGAUUUUCCAAAGAUUGCUCGUAUGCUGACUGUGAAAAGAGAGGGAAAUCGAACAGGGGAUCAACAAAAGACUGUCCAGGAAACUUGAUAAAAGAAUGGAAGCGAAGCAUCGUUGUUAGGCCACCACCAUCCCGGGGAAGAAACAGAAGGAACAAAUAGCGGCGGAGUCGGAAAAGCCGUCAUAAAUCUUAAAUUGGGGUUCGCAAGCACCUCUUUUUUUCUCAGUUGAAUUUUUGUUGCCUGUGGCUUUAUUAUUAUUUUUUCUUUUUAACCAGAUUAAUUACUUUUUAUCAAACAUGUAAAAUGGUAACCUUGUGCUCUCAAAAUUCAAGUUAUGUGAUCAUGUCCAGAUCAUUUUCUGAUAAGAAAACACGCUAUUUUACGAAAGAA